AAAUCCUCUUAAGUAAUGUCCAUUCAUUUUACUUUAGAUAUAUAUAUUUAUCUCCUUAGUAAUGCAAGAAGUCUUUGUGGGAACAGAAGCAAGCAACUCUAUUUCUUGUGCACAUUGAAAUAUUGGAGAAUAAGCUACAUCAAUCAGCAAAGAAGUUUUCAUAUAAGCAGAACAAGAUAUAAAUGGACCAGAAGCCACACAUUUAUUUCUAGUAAACACUCUUGUAAUCCAUGCAACCAUGAUUUACACUUUGGAGUUUCAAAACUUAGCACUUCUACACCCAGAGGACUAACAAAAGUAAGCAUUCAUAUGUCCCGUAUUAAAAACACCUUGGACUCUGUUUCAAAAGCUGUUUUUGGCAAUCAGAAUGAAAUGUUUUCACGUUUCUCUAGAUUCAAACCAGGAAUAUUGAGGAAAAAAUCAGAAGAUGAUGUGUUAAAACAGAAAAGUGUUAAACAAGCUUCUGGUACCAACACUCUGAAUGAUUCCAGUGGUAAUAAAACAGAAAAGUGCCCUUUUCCAGAAGCCAAGAUUGACCCAAUUUUAGAGAAAGGCCUAGAAGAACGUAAACAAAAUAUUUUUUAUACAAACUAUAUAAUUGCAAAAUUUGAAGAAUCGUUAUACUUUUUAUCAAGUCAUAUAAAUUCAUACUUUACAAAUAUGACUGAAAGAACUAAAAAUAACCAACUGAAGCAGGCUACAGAGAUGAAAGUGGGAAAAGAUGAAGCUGGAAUCAGAGAGAGUCCUUCUAAGGAUAAAGUUCAACUUAAAGACAAGGGGACAGAUUCACAAUUUCUUUCACCUACUGUAGCCCACUCUGAAGAGCUCACGGGAACAUCUGAUACUCUUCCAGUUUCUGUUAAACAGAGUUUUGCCAAUUUUCUUGCAAGACCUAGUGAUAGUGUACAAGCACUUGUGGGUGGUUACAUUGUGGGGCUUGUACCCAAAUUAAAGGCUGAUGCAAAAUUUUCAGAAGAAUUUCAAGGAGGUAAAGCUGAGCAGGCUAGUGGGAAAGAAAACCAGGAGGAAGAGAAAAAACGCCUAUCCCUUCAGCGAGAAAAAAUUAUUGAAAGGGUAAGUAUAGAUAACAGAACCCGGGCACUAGUUCGAGCAUUAAGAAGAACAACUGACCAUAAACUCUGUAUUAACAGGGUUGAAGAAUUAACUUUUCAUCUUCUAGCAUUUCCAGAAGCAAGAGCACUAGCUAUCAAGGAAAAACUUGUUCCAUAUUUAUUACGACUAAGAAGAAAUAAAGAUGAAAUUCUUCAAGCUACUGUUAGGGAAAAUUUGGCUUUAAUUGGCUAUACAGAUCCUGUGAAAGGAAGAGGAAUUCGAAUUCUCACAAUUGAUGGUGGAGGAAUAAGAGGUGUAGUUGCUCUUCAGAGUCUUCGAAAAAUUGUUGAACUUACUAAAAAGCCAAUCCAUCAACUUUUCGAUUACAUUUGUGGUGUAAGCACAGGUGCCAUAUUAGCUUUCAUGGUGGGAUUAUUUCAUAUGGAUCUGGAGGAUUGUGAGGAACUUUAUCGAAAAUUAGGAACAGAUGUAUUUACACAGAAUCUCAUUAUUGGAACAGUCAAAAUGGGGUGGAAACAUGAAUUUUAUGACAGCGAAACCUGGGAAAGAAUACUUAAGGACAGAAUGGGAUCUAAUCUAAUGAUUGAAACAGCAAGAAAUCCCAAGUGUCCUAAGGUGGCUGCAGAUGGAGGUUUGCUUCUAAAUAAUCCUACAGCUUUAGCAAUGCAUGAGUGCAAGUGUCUUUGGCCAGAUACCCCAUUACAAUGUAUAGUAUCCCUGGGCACUGGGCGUUAUGAAGGGGAUGUGAGGAGCUACAGUAGUAUGACAGCAACAAGCUUGAGAAGCAAACUGUCAACGGUUAUCAGCAGCGCCACUGAUACGGAAGAAGUCCACAUAAUGCUUGAUGACUUUUUACCUCCUGACACUUAUUUUAGAAUCAACCCUGUAAUGCGUGAAAACAUACCUUUGGAUGAAAGUCGAAAUGAAAAACUUGACUGCUUACAGUCGGAAUCGAUACAGUAUUUAGAGCGGAAUGAAGAAAAAAUGAAAAAACUAACAAAAAUAUUAACUCAAGAAAAAACAACUCUACAGAAAAUGAAUGAUUGGCUAAAAUUAAAAUCAGAUAUGUAUGAAGGUUUUCCAUUUUCGUCUAAAUUGUGAAAAAAAUUUGCAUGCACUAUACUAAGUGUAAAACCUAUUUUAAAAGAACUACUAGUAUUUUGAAGAAUUGAUGCAUAUACAUAUACAAAUUAACUUUAUAAUAUGUGUUAGUUAUAGAAUAUGCUGGAAAAAACACUGCCCAGACCAGUAUGAACAGUUUAGAGUGUUCGGCACAAAAUUUAUAUCAGAAUUAGCUUUUUCUGAUGUUAAUAAUUGUAUGAGCUUUAGAAACUUACCUGUUGUACUGUUUUGUUUUAGUAAACACAGUGGCAUUUUGGUUUUUGUUAAAUUUUGUGCCAAACAAAAGACACUGAAAAAUAUUAGAACACUCUAUUUUUGCUUUAAGGUAUCAUAAUCAUGUUGAAUUUAUUUGAACAGUAUGGGGUUUUUUUAGUGGAAAAUCAAAACUUUUUCCUGAUGAUCUAUUCUAAUAUAAUUUCACAUUCUUCAUCACCUAUUAUUACCUUCUUCAUUGCCUUUCAGUUUAAUAAUCUCUUAAUGGAUGUAUGACAACAGAAUUUUGCUUCUGUCAGAGUACUUUACAAAAGAUAAAAUUAUUAAUUUUAUCUCCUAAAAUAUACUUAUAUCAUCAAAGUGUUUGGUUCAAGAAGCAUAUCAUUGAGCUACCAGUACUUUUCUGAAAUUUCAAAAUACUGUAUGCUACCUUUUCUAGAUCAGCUCUAGCUUGUCCUUCAUUGUUUGAGAAUUAAUCCUUUGACUUCUUUGAAAAAAAUAUUCUUAUCAAAAUAACAAAAUAAAUUCCUGAAUCUGUUCCA